GCUCCCGGAAGUGUCCCGUUCCCAGGGAGGAGGAAGCGAGCAAGCGGGGAGGGCGGCGCAGGCACGGAGUCGGACCCUGCCAUGUCGGUCUACGACACCAAUCCGUUCGCCGACCCGGUGGACGUGAACCCCUUCCAGGAUCCCUCAGUGACACAGCUGACACAUGCUAACCAAGGCGGCUUGGAUGAAUUCAAUCCCUUCUCCGAGAACUCCCGGCUUACAAAUGGAGCUCAGACAGUUCCAGCAACGCAGCCUGCUGGCCCUUCGCAACCCGCUGUCCUACAGCCAUCUGUGGAACCCACUCCACAGGCUGUAGCCUCAGCAGCCCAGGCUGGACUCCUUCAGCAGCAGGAGGAGCUGGAGAGGAAAGCAGCGGAGCUGGAGAGGAAGGAGCGAGAGUUGCAGAAUAAUGCAGCAGCCUUUAACCCGAGACAGAACAAUUGGCCACCCUUUCCCAAGAAGUGUCCAAUCAAGCCGUGUUUCUAUCAGGACUUCUCUGCAGACAUCCCAGCUGAUUACCAGCGAAUAUGCAAGAUGCUGUAUUACUUGUGGAUGUUUCACUCAGUUACCCUGCUUCUAAACCUGCUUGCUUGCCUGGCAUGGUUCACCGACAGCCCACAGAGAGGAGUAGACUUUGGUCUCUCAAUUCUGUGGUUUAUUUUGUUCACCCCUUGUGCUUUCCUCUGUUGGUAUCGACCCAUCUACAAGGCUUUCAGGUCUGACAGCUCCUUCAGCUUCUUUGUGUUCUUCUUCAUCUUUUUCUGCCAAAUUGCAAUCUACAUCGUCCAGGCAGUCGGCAUUCCUGGCUGGGGGGACAGUGGUUGGAUUGCAGCUCUGGACGAGACACGAAAAAACUGGGCUGUGGCCAUAAUCAUGAUGGUGGUGGCCGCAUUCUUCACGCUGUGUGCUGUCCUCUCACUCUUCCUCCUAAAGCGGGUGCACUCUUUGUAUCGCCGGACAGGAGCCAGUUUCCAAAGGGCCCAGGAAGAGUUCUCCCAAGGCAUCCUCACCAACAGGAACUUCCAGAACGCAGCUGCCGGGGCCGCUUCUUCAGCUGCACAGGGCGCUUUCCGGGGAAACUAGCCCUUCCCAUGGGCGCCACCACCGUGCCCCCUUCCCCUUCCUUUUUCAUCACAACCUGAUCUUAAGAUGCACUUUCCACGGCACCAUGCUAACUCCACGACGCCGGCUGCGGAGAUGAGAAGAGGUCUCCGUAGCUUCAGCUCGUCUGCAUUUCUGGCGACUAGUUCUUCUUUCCUUGCUUUGGGCGGGGGGGCUAGGUAGGGAAAUAUUCUCUUUAAUCAAAUAUAGCUCUCCUUAUCCAGGACAGGUUUGACGUUUCUUUUACUACCUCUCCUGCUUGCCCGUGCUCCUGUGAUAGAGAGAGGAAUCUCGUCACUUUUUAGCAACUCUUCCACUGGGCUUUGCUCUGAAGGAUUUAUUUUGUAACUUACAUGAGGUGGGUGUUAAUAAUAAGGGCGGAAGCUGCCCUUUGUUUGCAACAUUUAUGCUAAUUAGUUCUUGACCUCUUACUGCCUGGCUCCCAUGGGGUCUGGUUAACAUGUGGCAUAAAGGGGGCUGUUGGGAAACUGCUCUUUGCCAUCCCAUCAUGGUGCAAAUCUCCCUCCCGCUUGUUUUUUCUCACCCUGGGGUGAGGGUCCUACCCAAGAUUGUAUUAUGGAAUCUUAUUCCUGUAGCCC